ACCCGCCGCUUUCCGGCUGUCUCUCAGAACGAGAUCCCCCGGAGCACCCACUUCAGUCAGCUGUGUCUGUCGGGCCGCCGGCCGGACGGGGAGUCUGAAGCCGUGCGCGCCGCCGCCCUCCUCGCCGCGUCCGUCCCGGGGCUCGGCGAUGUGAGCUCGUGGACGCCGCAGUACCCCCUGGCCCAGGGGUUAAGGCGUGCAGCAGGUGCCUGUGAGGCGGGCGGGUGCCGGGGGCCGGCAGGAUGGAGGAAAGCAUGGAAGAGGAGGAGGUGCUCAUCUACGAGGCGAUGAUGGACGACCAGAACCACAACAACUGGGACGCCGCGGUGGACGGCUUCCGGCCCCCGGCGCCCCCCUUGUCGGUCUCGGUUGGGGCCCGGGAGCCCCCGGGGGGCCAGCUACUGGCGGUGCCCGCGCUCUCGAUGGACAGGAAAGGCCCCAAGGAGGGGACGCCGGGGCCCCCGCCGCCGCCGCCCCCCCCGCCGCCGCCGCCGCCGCCCCCGCCGCCGCCGCUGCCGGAGACCAACGGGGUGAUCAUGAUGCUCAAGAGCUGCGACGCGGCGGCCGCCGCCAAGGCCGCCCCGGCCCCCGCCCCCAGCUCGGCCAUCAACAUCAACACCUCCACCUCCAAGUUCCUAAUGAAUGUUAUAACUAUUGAAGAUUAUAAGAGCACAUACUGGCCAAAAUUGGAUGGUGCCAUAGAUCAACUUUUAACCCAGAGUCCUGGUGACUAUAUCCCCAUAUCCUAUGAACAGAUAUACAGUUGUGUGUAUAAGUGUGUAUGCCAGCAGCACUCAGAACAGAUGUAUAGUGACCUGAUUAAGAAGAUAACUAAUCACUUAGAGAGAGUCUCAAAGGAGCUGCAGGCCAGCCCUCCAGAUCUCUAUAUUGAAAGAUUUAAUAUAGCUCUUGGACAGUAUAUGGGAGCACUGCAGAGCAUUGUGCCUCUUUUCAUAUAUAUGAAUAAGUUUUACAUUGAAACCAAGCUUAACAGAGACUUAAAAGAUGACCUUAUAAAGCUGUUUACUGAACACGUUGCCGAAAAGCACAUUUACAGCCUAAUGCCUUUACUAUUAGAAGCCCAGUCAACACCAUUUCAGGUCACACCUUCAACUAUGGCAAAUAUUGUGAAAGGCCUGUAUACUCUCAGACCAGAGUGGGUUCAGAUGGCUCCAUCUCUAUUUUCUAAAUUUAUUCCAAACAUUCUCCCUCCGGCGAUGGAAUCCGAACUUUCUGAGUAUGCUGCUCAAGAUCAGAAACUUCAAAGAGAACUUAUACAAAACGGUUUUACAAGAGGUGACCAGUCCCGGAAGAGAGCUGGGGAUGAGUUGGCUUAUAACAGCUCAUCUGCAUGUGCAGGUUCCAGGGGCUACAGAUAGUGAAGGUGCGCAAUGACCCGUCCUCCAGAGAGAGGGCGCACUGGACCUGCAGGGACUGUUGGAGCGCAGCGGCCUGCACCACUCAGGAGCUCCAUCGCAAGGCUGUUCUUGGGAGAGGAUGCCAGAUUUCUUACUUUGGUUUGUAAUUUUAAAAAACAAAAACUUAACAAAAGACAAAGAUAUAAAAACACAGUUGCUGCUAGACUUCGGGGUGAUUUUGAAACGGGACAAUCUUCGUGAGUUUAUUUCCAAAUUCCAUGAGGAACAAGCAUCUUGGAAAGUGACUGACCGUUGCUAAGUGAAAUCCGACAGCCAAAAUCAGCAGCUUUCUCCAAAAAUAUAAGAGCGGAAGAAUAUUUUUUCUUUGAGGCACUUGGUUAUCUGUGGAUUUGGCACUUGAGCAUAUUGGUUUCACAUGUCAAGAUUCUUUUGCUUUAAAACCAAAUAGAUGAUUACAAUGCAGUAUUUUUCACUCAUAACCCAAACAGUCUGUUUAAAAAUAACAGUUGGUCUUUGUUUAGCCUUAGAAAGUCUUUGAAGGAAGUUGCUAACUCUGCUUUCACUACAACUUUCCCCAUCCGUUCACAACAUUUUUCUACUCUGUGCCUUGAGCUUUGUGCACUUUGCAACUGUGUGAUGGUGUUGUCAAACUCCCAAGUGAUUUCUGGAGAAGUUGGUGGUAUCGCAAAAUAACCCAUCAAGAUGGCAGGGGUGACUUGUCUUGGGAUGCUAUGAUUGGGACAACAGAAUUGCACGUUGGUCAGGCAGCCCAUGCCAUGCCAGCGUGUGCUUGUGUUCAGAUGAGGACCAAGUCAGAGUAUCUCCAAUCCUGCCCUCACCCCCACCUCAUUUCGCAGCCUCUGUCGGCUAGGGGUGGGCAGCACUGACGCACCAAAGCCCCUUGUAAUAUUGUGGAGCGUGCCCAACUAGGAGCUGCUUCCUGUGACACUCUAGGGAGCAAUAUAGCUGUUAAAACCAAAUAGAAUCCACAGUGUGGGGUUCCCGAUCCAUUUCAUUUUAAUGGGUGAGACAAGUACUUUACAAAAGUAGAGUCAUCUCUGCAGCUUCUUUCUGUGCUUUUGCGCAAACUAGAGAAGUUGCAGUGGUGUUUGAAGGCUUUCUUCCAGCCAUAGCAAAUUUGUAUUUUUGGUUUUGCCACACCCACAGUACUGUUUCAUAAAUCUCUGAGGCUUUUCCUCAUUUGUUUCCAAAAGUCAAGGAAAAAUAGAUGCGGCAAGGAAGACAGUUUUUUCUUUUCAGUUUUGCUUGAACAGUAAAUCAAGCAUAGGUUUCAGUCUGUCACGUUUCAUCAGAGGAAUAAUAUUUACCUCUUUGGAGAACUGGGAUGGAAACACCCCAGGGCUGCUGCUGCACUUGUGAUAGACAUGUUUCUCAUCUGCCUUGGCCAGUUCAGCAUGUCCUUUGCUGGGAGUGUGAUGGGCGAGUGAGAAGUUGGGAUAUGGAGACAAGUGAAUCAACUGAUGGAAGUCCUUCAUUUCUGAGAUUUUGUGCAAAGCAGUAAAAGGAAAAAGGUGGUCAGAUUUAUUUCAAGUUCUUACCAAGUAGGAUGGUAGGUUUUUUUGGAGGUUUGCAGUUGGGCUUGUGUUGUAGGAAAGUGUGCAGGCUAUCACCGUGACAUCACUGUGACACCUGCAUGGCUUCAUGAAUGCCAGAAGGAAUGCCCUUCUGUCUCAAGCCCUAAUGUUACUUUAGUCACUGCAGUUCUUGUUGGAGGCUUUUAAGUAACACUCAGAACUGAUGUCCUCUUGAGUAAUUUUAGUAAUAUUUCUGAAAGGAAUAAAAUUCAAACCUUUCUUUAAACAGGUGAAUUCUUCAAUAUCCUAAUAAUUCACCCAAGUACUUUUCUGGGAGAGAGCAUCCUAUUGGCCAAUGACAGAACGUUCCCUAUGAAAGCAUUAUAUUUUGAUGUGAAUUGACAUUAAAUUGGAUUUUAAUGCCAGUAAUGCUUUUGCAUUAAGUUAAUGGAAAAGUGUUUGUUUUUUUAAACCUGUGUAUUUCUUGAAGUUUUUGUAGUGACUAGCCAACUAUGGAUUAAGACUGGGUUCCACAAAGCCGUUAUUAGAAAGCAUUCAGAGUGAGGGGCACACAAGUGCCUAGUGCAUGUGUCCUGGUUCUGAAGCAUCUUGGCUCUUUGAGGUGCAUUGCGGUUUUUGAAAUUUUUCAUUUAAAUUGAAAUUGGCCUUGCUUAUUAAUUGAAAUUAUUAACAAAUUCUUAGUUUGCAGUGUGAAAGGAAAAAAAGUUGCCCUCCUCCCAUUUUGUAAAGACUAAGUACUGUUUGCCAAAAAGUAUUCACCUUUCAUGAUUACUUAUAGUCUUGUUUCCAUAAUAUGAUCGUUUUUCCACCAUAACCAAAUACAAGCUUUUAGCAAAAAUCAUUGAAGACAACAUUGUUCUUGCAGGUUAAUCAGUUAUAUCAAUUAUAUCCAACAUAUACACAUAAUUUGGCUAAACUAGCUGGUAUAUAUCUUGUGUCCUAAAACUAGACCCUUAUCAAUGAAGCCAGGUCUGUUAUCUUGAAAUAAUGACAUGUCAAAUAAAUAAAUGAUGGUUGCUUUGAGAAACGGUACGUAUUUUAAAGGUUGGCCUUAAACUUCAGUCAGUGUCACGUCUGAUGACCUCCGUUGCCACAGCUGCACCCUGGUCCAGCAGGAAUUACUACUUCUUUGGCUUUGGGGCAGAAAGGAGAGCCAGGUGUGGUGCAAGGUUGAUGAGAAGCAGCAUCAAUUUGGAUUGUGUGGAAAGGUUACUUGUUUCUUUCCCCUUCUACAGAUGUCCACAGCUCUCCUCCCACCCUGCCCCCUUUCAUUAGGAUGAGGCCCGUUUGUGGGGAGGUGGGAUUGCAAAGAAAUAGAUGGGUGCCUAUUGCCACAAACGCUGCACACGUCUCCAGUGCUCAUACAUGUCCAUCUGCCACUCUCCUCGCUGUAUGCCGUGCUUUCUGUCGGGUUGCAAAUUUGCACACAUAAGUAAUUCCUCAGGAAGAGUUUGUACAUGCAUCACCUCACAAUAUUCUGUACUGACCAAGGGAUAUAAGGUCUCAGCACAAAAUAAUUGGUUCAUAGUGGUCUGUACACCUGCUAGCAAAGGUAAUGGUGAUUCAGCAAACAGAAUUGGUUUCUGCAGUUAUUAUGUGAGCAGGAGCUCUUGUAUCAUAGUAUUGAAAUAACCUAUUGAAUCUUCUUGUAGACAGUCUGUGACUCCCAAAUUUUGUCAUCUUACUGAGGUUGCCUUUUUUUCUCUGUUUUUCCCCCGUCUUCCAGCAGUUAAUUAUUUCUGUGAUUUAUACAAGAGGUAUUGCCCUGGAGCUAAAACUCAGUUAUUAAGCAGUUAUUAUUAGAUUAACUGAGCAUUAUUUUAUGAAUGUACACUAAUCUGAGAUAUUUUUUAAAACAGCUAAAAAGCAAACAGAAAACCUUCAUUGGCUAACUCUCACCAUUGUUUAGAUGUUUUAAAUUGAAUCUUUUAUACUGUAUCCUUGAGCUUUUAGCUUGAAAUAUUAAGUUUACUUUUAUCCAAGUCUAGACCACUUGAAGGAACUUUAAAUUCAAGGUCAAAAUGUGAAUCCCUUGGUUGACACCAUAAGAAGUCCUUGGUUGUAAUUACUAUUUCCAGUAAGAUUGUGUAACAUGAAGUCCAUUUUUAUUAGAAGUUAGAAUGGAGGUCAUAGGAGUUCAUGGAGACAUGACUCUCCUAUUACUUUAAUCACGACUCUCCUAUUACUUUAAUUACCGUGUUGAAAUUCACCUCAUUUUCAGAUCACCAGAACACGUGAAAGGAGCCCUUUUUCUUCCCAAGGAAAAUGAUUCAUCUUUUGUCCCCUCUCCCUUUGGGUAUCUGUAGUCAUUAACACCCUGCCUCCUCCACUGUCCCAAGACCCUAAUUUGAACCUCUUCCAGAGCCCGGUGGCCUGAGUAGAAGUUCCUGCUUGUUGAUGGAGCGGCUGUAGGAGAACUGAAGAUAACACUGUUCAGAUCCUUUCCCAUAAGACCCUACCUAGCCUAUGCCACAUCCCUGCUGGUGGAAAGGAUCUUCAUUUCAGGCUGAACUGCACUGUCUAGAAAAUGUUAAUUGGUAACAGUUAUAGAAAUUUGGUAGUGUGGCUCUGGGGCUAAGAAUUCUGUGGUUUGGAGCAAAAUAAUUCUCACAUGUCAUUUCAAUGUUGUGACUGUACUAACUGCAGUCAGACUGGCUGUUCUCUUAGAGAGUGUAUUUUGUUAAACAGAUAGCAGUUUACUUGACUCUCAUGUGUCCUAUUGUCAAUAUUACAUCCUUUAAAUGUGAAGUUGUGGGGAGCUGUGGCUAGAAACAGGAUUGCUUCUACAUAAUUUGGAGAUCAAGUGCAGAUAAGGGGGGUUGCCAGCCACCAGCACAGCCAAAGCAAGAAUAAGGCAGUGAAGUCUUGGACCUGGUAGUGCUUGCUUGUCAGGUGGUAUGGUGAAUUCAGAACAAGUGUUCUGCACAUCAGCUCAUUUAUUAAUCCAAGGAGAACACAGUGGUUGGUGGAACCUGAGAUACAAAGCCACUGUCUUUGGCUUUUUCUUUUAACCGUGGUGGAUUUUGAAUCACUCCUUCUGUAUUAGGGUAUAUUUCUAUCACUCUAAAGUAUUGUGAUUAUUGAAAUAAAUCUUGUACAGAUA